AAGUAUGUUUCAGGCCGAAUGAGGAUUACCCAAGCUGGAUUAUGAGUGACACGUCACUGUACUACUGCCGCCUAGUCGUAUAUAAGACUCAAUCAACCCUGUCCAUUACAAAACUCUUUUGCUUCUUGUCUAGUGCCAGCGAGGGUGACUAUGCGUUUCUCCCCUCUAGCUUCGUCUGUAACGCUCCUUUCACUUAUCUCUGCCGUUCUCGCGUCCGAUGUCAUUGACUUGACACCGUCCAAUUUCGACGCAGUGGUCAACCCCGAGCCGUUGAUACUUGUCGAGUUCUUUGCACCAUGGUGUGGUCAUUGUAAAGCACUGGCACCUCAUUACGAGGAAGCUGCUACUGCUUUGAAGGAUAAGAACAUCAAGUUGGCUAAGGUCAACUGUGUUGACGAGGCGGACUUGUGCCAGUCGAAUGGUAUCCAGGGAUAUCCCACUCUUCGAGUGUACCGCAAUGGUGAACACACAGACUACGGAGGACCUCGUAAAGCCGACGGCAUCAUCAGUUACAUGAUCAAGCAGUCGCUUCCUGCUGUCUCAGAGGUUACCAAGGAGAACUUUGAGGACUUCAAGAAAGCCGACAAGGUCGUUGCCCUUGCUUUCCUUCCUUCCAACACUGCCGCCCCUGCGCCUGAGUUUAGCUCAACCGCUGAAAAGCACCGUGAGGACUACCUCUUCGGUCUCACCACUGACAAAGAUGUUAUCGAGGCUGCCGGUGUCACUCCGCCUGCCAUCGUCCUUUACCGCUCGUUCGACGAGCCUAUCAUUGAGUUCCCGUACCCUGUUCCCUCCGCAUCUCAGAAGGAAAUCGAACAGUGGAUUAAGGAUCUAUCCAUUCCCAUCAUUGACCAGGUCAACGCCGAAAACUACCAAGUUUACGCGCAGAGUGGAAAGCCGCUCGCCUACCUCUUCAUUGACGCUUCCGACUCUAAGCUCCAGGAGCACGUUGAUGCUCUCAAGCCCGUUGCUGACAAGUACAAGGGCAAAAUCAACUUCGUUUGGAUCGAUGCUAUUCAGUUCGGUGACCAUGCGAAGGCUCUCAACCUCAACGAGGCGAAGUGGCCCGCUUUUGUCAUUCAGGACUUGGAGAAGCAAUUGAAGUUUCCUUACGACCAAUCUCUCGACGUUAAGCCUGAUGAAAUUGACCAGAUGGUCAAAGCCUUCCUUGACCACAAGCUGGUGCCUACGUUGAAGAGUCAGGCUAUCCCUGACUCUCAAGAUGAGAGCGUCUUCAACCUUGUCGGCAAACAGUUCGACGAGGUUGUUUUCGAUGACAAGAAGGAUGUAUUUGUCGAGUUCUAUGCUUCCUGGUGUGGACACUGUAAGCGUCUCAAGCCCACUUGGGACUCCCUCGGUGACCGCUACAUCAGUGCGAAGGAUCGUAUCACCAUUGCAAAGAUGGAAGCUACUGAGAAUGACCUUCCUCCAUCUGUUGACUUCAAGAUUUCCGGAUUCCCCACCCUGAAGUUCAAGAAGGCUGGUAGCCAUGAAUUUAUUGAUUACGAUGGCGAUCGUUCGCUUGAGAGCCUUAUUGCCUUCGUUGAGGAGAAUGCCAAAAAUUCUCUGGAGCCUAAGGCGGAGUCCAAGAACGAGACUGUACCUCCGCCACCAGCGCACGAAGGCGCCGCUCAGGAGGAGCUCCACGUUGAUCAUCAUGAUGAGCUCUAGUGGACCUCGAGAUGUUUUAACUAUUGUAUUCUCUACCGACAGACAUGAAUGGAUUUCCUUGCCUC